AUGCCAUUGAAUAGGUGGAAGAAAAUGGGUAGCUUGACAGAGGAUCAGCUCCUUCAAAUGGUUAGAGAUUUCAUUGAAUCUGAUUCCGAAGCAGCCUUUACUUCCGAGGCCCUCUCUGAAAUUCACAAACCCGUAUGCAUCACCUCGCAGUUGCAGGAAAUACUAUGGGAGGUCACAGAUAUUGAAGUAGAGAUUCUUGAAAAGAUUCCGAAGUAUGCAAAAGAUGAAGAAUGUGAUGGUGCUUCUCACUUGAAGAAGCUGGUUGUGAUAAAACUCAGAAUGGAUGGCUAUGAAGCUUCUCUUUGCCAAACUUCCUGGUUGCCCACUAUCAAUCGUCCUAAAGGUGAUUACGAAUUCAUAGACGUGAUGAUGGUGAUGGGCAACACUAUUGAAGGCAAAGCAGCAAGGCUGAUAGUGGAUAUGGACUUCAGGUCACAGUUUUUGCUGGCAAAACCAACGAGAGCAUACGAAGACCUCACUGACAUGCCUCCUUCGAUUUUUGUUGGUACUGAAGAAAGAUGGAGCAACAUAACCUCUUUGCUUUGUUCAGCUGCUAAGAAAUCGUUGAGAGAGAAAGGCCUUCACGUUCCUCCAUGGAGAAAAGCCGCUUACAUGAAAUCCAAGUGGCUUUCCAAAGACUGCAAGAAGAUCUCCUUCACACCCGAUUUAAAGCUGGGAAUGGAGGGCGAGUUAAAAAGUGAAAAUUAG